AUGCCUAAAGUAAAACCUAAAUUGAAAAACUCCUUUAAAAAACUUCAAAAAGAUGAACAAUUAAAAAAUAAUAGAUCUAGGUUACAUCUACCACACCUAAAACCAAAAGCAACUCAAACUCAUAUUAUUAAUAAUUCAAUUUCCCAACCUUCAUUUUUAUAUAAACCUGAACAUAAAAUUUUAUUGAUAGGAGAAGGUAAUUUUAGUUUUGCUCAUUCACUAAUAGAAAACGUAUUACCUGCCGCGCAUUCAAUCAUAGCAACCUCAUAUGACAGUGAACAAAUUGUUUAUGAAAAAUAUAAAGAUUCAAAAGAACAUAUAGACUCGAUAAAAUUUUUUGGUGGCCAAUCUAAAAAAGGAAUGUCAGCGGCAGAAAAACGUAAAAGACUUGAAGAAUUAUUCCAUGAAACGAAAGAUUUUUAUCAAUUGAAAGAAUUAGAAAAAAUUGCACCUAAAAUAAAAGGAAUCGUAUCACAGUCUGUUAAAGACGUUUUACAAAGUUUAAUAGAUGAUAAUUUAGUUGCUACUGAUAAGAUUGGUACAUCAAAUUACUUUUGGUCAUUUCCGAGUAGUUCACUUCAAUCACGAAAAGUUAAGAUAAACACACUCAAAGAGGAAUUUACAAAAUUAAAAGAAAAAAAUACUGAACUACAAAAUGUCAUCAAACAAGUAUCUGGAGAUCGUGAGGAAUCGGAUGAUCGUACUACAAAAAUGAAAUUGUUAGAAGAAGUUGAAUCACAAAGAAAACAGUAUUUAAAAGAAUUGGAACGAUAUCGUGAAUGUGAUCCUGUGCUAAUGGAAGCUAAAAAAAAACAUGCCAAACUUGCAUUUGAAGCAGCCAACAGAUGGACUGAAUUUGAUCGUCAAUUUAGUAUUCCUGAAGAUUUCGACACUUUAUAA